UCUUUUUGUUAGGAAGCAAUCGGGCAAGGAUCAUUAUAUCUCGGUCAAUCGCUCUCUAUCCUAGACGGUUAGAACCAAAUUUCGAAUUUGCCAUUAAAAAAAGUAAUUUUGUUAAGUCACUAUUUUUUCUCGAUUUUAUUGAGUGGUUCUGGAGGUAUCCUACUCAAAUUUCUUUUGCCUUUUUACAUUUUCAUCUAUUCACUGUUGUCCGGAACAGCCGGGAUUUGAGUUAUUGCAUCAUCCAACAUAAUAUUAGAUAUACGCCAGUAUACGGUUAUACAGUUACGGUUUACUUACCUAUAAAGGAACUGUAAAAAAUUAGGAUCAGUCGACAUAAAAAGGAUAUCUACCUACUAUGUGUUACAGCAAAUGUGACAUUCAAUUAUCAUUAUCAUAUACUCCAAGAAUUUUUCAAACGUGUAUUUGCGGAUUGUUGUGUUUGGUGAUUAAAAGAAAGUGCAGGAUUACAAAAAGAGGUACUAUGGGGAUGUUGAGUGUUGAAUACUCUCGACUCUCCAUCUGCUGAAGUCCCACAGGGAGUCAACAUUUUCAGAAGAGGACAAGGCGAAUUUAAUGUAAGUGUGAAAAAACAAUUCGAAGAAUUUUGCCUUCCUUGUUAUUUCAUUUGUAUUUUUCGAUAAUAUAGCAAUGAAAAUGAAGGUUGAUAUUUUGCACCGGGGUAGAGAAAAUUCGAUCGAAUUUUUGACAUCGCGAGGACCAGCAAUAUAUCAGCCGAAUUUUCGAGAAUUUCCUGUGAUCGUCUUACGUGUGACAAAAUUUGAACAAAUCCGUUUUCCUACAUACCAACGAUUUUUAGACUGGGACCAAGGGGGCGACUUGAAAAAUCUCAAAACCUCAGAAUGGCCAUUCAACCAAUUUUACCACUCUAUGGCCAACUAGUCAGAAAAACGAGGGGAAAUGGUCUGUGGCAAUGGAGAGGUUGUACCUGAUGAAAUUAUCGAGUAUUUUUUUUUCUUGAAAUUUUCCAUCAAAUCCCAUUGAAAUGUCGUAUUAUCAUGCAAUGUCCCUGUCAAUAUGGCCGCCCCAAUUGAAGCAACCGCCCUCUGCGGAUCCUACCGAGAAACAUCGCUCUCCGCUAAUAAGACCGGACCUAAUCAACGCCGAAGAAUUGUCUAUGGAAAACCGACAGUUGAUGGAAGUGGAUACCGACGGCGAAGCGUAUCUGUGUGUCAAUCCUUACGAAGUGAACCCCAUCCCAGAAAGUUCACCUCUGCUGUCAGAAGACGUAUUCAUUGCACCCCAAAAGGGCGAAUUCAACGUUACUCAACAACACUGUUCCGCGACAAGCGGUCGUGGGUUUUACGAGUCCAUCAAACUGGAAAUGGAGGAAUUUGGAGAUAUAUCAUCGUUCCUCCUGCCAAGACCAAUGUUUACAAAUCCUGCAGAUGAACUAACAACACCAACAUUUGAAUAUAAGGAUGGUUUCGACUUCGGCCUAUUCAACUACCAGACAAGGAUUCAACCCCACUCAACAGUGAAGGUUGAACGAGACGCCGCAUAUCGGAACACAUACGCAUCUCCGUCAGAAAAACACAAAGACAUUUUCUACGGCACAGAAGUGCCGAGGGAUGAUAAUAUCACUAGUGAAAUAGGAAAUAUCGAUAAUCUAGGGGGCGCAGAAGUAUAUUCCCCUGCGUCAGAUAAUGGUACAUACAUUUAUAACGAAACUACAGUUACAGACAGUGUGAACGAUAGUGCUCUUAGUGUUAAUUCCUACUCUUUGUCGCCGGAGGGGGUCGGUUACGUUGUUCAAGGGCUAGACACCCCCGAAGACAGUAACAGCUCUGGCUGUUCCAGCGAGAAGGGGAGGAAGCUGUCGCUGGACAUGGGCCUCAAAGCGCCCAUGAAGGAACCCAUAAGUACUCCCAAUAUCAUUGAAGAAGUGGUGGAUCUGGAGGAUGCAAAUUUCAAUAUUCUCAGUUUGAUCAAUGAAGACAACAUCUCUGUGGUCACAAGUGACGACAUUUUCCGAACCUCCCCAGCUUUCCUCCCUUCUGCCAAAACACCCUCAGCAAAAUUCCUCUCUAAAUGCUCGGCUCGCGAAAUCCCCGCAAAACAACCAAGAAAAAGGAGGAAACAGGUCGACGACGACGAUGAAGAGUACACACCGCCAACAAAAAAAUUCAGUACACACCACCGCAGAUCUGUGAAAGUACUGCAGGAAGACUCAGAUUCUGAUUCAAACAGUGAAAGUGUUUUCAGUAAUAGCAGACCUAGAGGCAGGCCUCCGAAGAGAACCAAUUCGGUGACGUCGGAGGGCUCGAGAGAAGGGGAAGGUUCGAAAUACCGGGAACUCCGGGACAAGAAUAAUGAGGCUUCAAGGAAGUCCAGACAGAAAAGGAAAAUCAAGGAAUUGGAACUGGAGAAGGAAGCAGACGAACUUAGGUCUAGGAACAUCAAGCUUAAAGCUCAAGUAGAGGAACUACAGAAAAUGGUCGAUAAUUUUAGAGAUAAUCUGUUUAAAAUAAUGUUGCUUAGGAAGUAGAUUGUAGACAUUUAUGUUGUUGUUUUGCAGUUUAGUAGGCAGUUGUUUAAGCAAAAUCAGAAAUUGACGUGAAGGUAUUACAGUUAUCUACUAUUGAUUUUUAUCAAUAUUACUAUCCUGCAAAAAGUUCUUUUUAACUAAUUUUAGGAAGUAGGUCAUUUAUAUAUAUAUUAUAUAUCAGUACCAUUUUCUUAUAUUGUUCACACUACAUGAGACUUUCAAUGUGGACAUUGAAUUUUAUUUAAUUUCCAAGAGAUCUUAUAGUAAGGUUAAUCUUGUUCUGGAAUCUUUUGAGUUAAUUUAACUUUUUUAUAUUUUACUGUGACUGUAUGUUAUAAACUUAAGAAUGUAUGUACCUGGGCUAUAUAAUAAUUUAUAAUUCAAUAAAGUUGUUUUCAGAAUU